GCGCGGGAUCGACACUUUCACAGUUCACUCCCUUGAACUACUGUGAGGGUUCUGAGUCUUCUGACUUCUGGGUUUCAAGCCGUAUAUCGUUCCCAAAUCCCAGUAGAGAUCGUUAGAGUCGGGGGAGCUCCUCAAUGGCGAGCACUGCAGCCGCCAUCGACCAGGCGGCCAACCCCAAGUCUGUUGACGAGUCUCUCUGGUGGGACUCCUUUUCGCUUCUGCUGACCGACCUCGAAAAUGCCCCUCUAUCCGCAGAGGUUCCAGCCUCCCUGGUAAAGAAGUUAAAGAACAACCACGCUUGGUUUCUGGGUUCAGUUUCUCUUUUUAAGCCCCCAAACCAGACGUCAAGAGCUGCUCUUGAUUCAGCUCAAAUCAAUGUUGGUUCACAUCGAUUUAUCAUGCAACCUGAAUUGAAAGAUGUAGCAUUACAUGCUAGUUCUUAUUUGGGCUUAGAUGAAGUGCAGUCAUACAUUCUUGUCAAGAGGGUUGUCCAUCGUGAUAACAUAGCUGCAGAUAUUAAAUCAUCAGAAUUUCUAUAUUUGAUAUUACUUCAGUACUACAUUGAGAGACAGUGCUUGUUCAAGUGUAUCAGACAGAUUCUUGUGCAUGCUUUAUAUGUUGGAAGUGGAUCCAAGGAAGGUGACUCUGUACGGGAGGAGGCAUUGCAGCUGUUUUCUGAUGGUCUGGAAAGAAAAUUAUUAUCGGUUCUUCAGGACCUUCUAUCCUCCAAGUAUCCAGAACAUAUGGAAGUUGACCUUGCCACUUUGUGGGCAGAGGAGACUCUAAUUGAAGAUAAUUUGGUCUUAGACAUUCUUUUCCUUGCAUAUUAUGAGUCUUUUUGCACUUGUAAUGGUGAACAAUGGAGAAGCUUGUGCUCGCUGUACAAGGGUAUCUUAUCUGGUUCUUUUAACUUCGGAAAGUUGGCAAUAUCAGUUGAAGCAAGAAAUUCGUUAUAUCAUGCCAAAGUUCAGCUGCUGCUUAUUCUUGUUGAGACUCUAGAUCUGGAAAAUCUUCUUCAAAUGGUUCAUGAUGAAGUGCCUUUCAGGCAGGGCUGCCCUUUAUUUUCGUUGAUGGAUGUCCAAGACAUGGAUGCAUUGGUUUCGAGUUUUAAUUGUUUUGAGACAGUAGAAGCUGGUCCCUUGAUUCUUGCAUGGGCGGUAUUCCUAUGUUUAAUUUCAUCUCUUCCAGAAAAACAAGAUAAUAACAUUCUCACGGAUAUUGACCAUGUUGGUUAUGUUCGCCAAGCAUUCGAGGCUGCACCAUUGAAUUAUUUUCUUGAGAUUCUUCAAAGCGACAAUUUAAUGGAUUCAGAUGGUCCUGUUACUGGUUAUCGAAGUGUCCUGAGAACAUUCAUUUCUGCAUUUAUUGCAUCUUAUGAGAUUGCUCUUCAGCUGGAGGAUGAUACCCUCAAAUUGCUAUUGAAUAUCCUUUGCAAAAUUUAUUGUGGAGAGGAGUCACUGUGUGUUCAAUUCUGGGAUAGAGACAGCUUUGUUGAUGGUCCCAUUCGGUCUCUUCUUUGCACCUUGGAGGGUGAAUUUCCAUACCGAACUGUGGAGCUUGUUCGCUUCUUGUCUGCUCUAUGUGAAGGAAGUUGGCCUGCUGAAUGCGUCUAUAGUUUCCUCGUAAAGUCCAUCGGGAUAUCAUCCUUGUUCGAGAUACCUGGUGAUUUCUCUAUCGAGAACUUGUCUCAGAUCAUUGAGACAGACCAGCUGUUGCAUGUUCCUGGGGUUGAUGGCUUACUCAUUCCUAGCCGUACCCGUGGCCAUGUCUUGAAAGUUAUUGAUGGAAGUACUGUUGUAGUUCGUUGGGAGUAUACUCAAUCUGGAAUGCUUGUGUUGCUUCUCCGUUUGGCCCGGGCUUUCUUUUCUAAUAGUUAUGAGGAAGUGCUAGUUACUCUUGACCUUCUUCGUCGAUUGGUAUCGUUUAACACGGCUGUGUGUUUUGAUUUGAUGGACCUUGAAAACUCAUCCCCAGUUCGAGCUGCUUGCAUGGAUGGGCAUAUACAAGAGAGCAUGCGGAUUGAUGUGGUUGGGAUCAUUUGUACUUUGGUUAGAAAUUUGUCUCCUAAUGUUAUUAGUGCAAGAGUGAUGUCUAUGAGCUUCAGUAUCAUGGCAAAGAUGUUCAAGUGCUUACCAUCUCGUGUUGGUGCGGUGGUUUUGAAUGCAAAUAUUUUUGAUAUGUCUGUGAAGGCAAAUAACUUUGAUGUGAAUAGCUAUCGGUCAUCAAGUGGCAUGUGGUUGCUCUCUGGAGGACUUGCAAGAAUGCUUUUAAUUGAUUGUGAGCAGAAUGAAGAUUGUUGCCCAAUGACUAUUUCAGUGCUCGACUUCACCAUGCAGCUUGUAGAAUCUGGAGCAGAUAGUGAUUUUGUAUCGGGUCUGGUUAUUUUCUCCCUUCAAUAUAUUUUGGUUAAUCAUGAGCAUUGGAAAUACAAGUCGAAGCAUGUCCGUUGGAAAGUGACACUGAAGGUGCUUGAAGUAAUGAAGAAGUGCCUUAUAGCAAUCCCAUGCUUAAAGAAACUUGGUACAGUAAUCCGAGACAUCCUACUCUGUGAUUCCUCCAUUCACAAUACACUUUGCCGGAUUUUUUGUGUAACUACCCAGUCAUUAGAGAGAUUAUAUAUCAACCGUCUUUAUGAGCUAAAGGUGAUUGAAGGGAUACAGCUUGCAGUCUCUUCUGCGCUAGACGUUGUCUUUACCAUGCUUGUUGAUCUUUCAAAGGAUACAAUGUCUGGUUUGCCUGUCUUUCACCAAGCUCUGUUGUCAUCUACAACAAAACCAGUUCCUGUUGUUACGGCGCUUGUAUCCUUGAUAUCUUUUUUCCGCAAUCCUGCAAUUCAGGUGGGUGCUGCCAGAGUUCUUUCUAUGUUAUGUGUCAUGGCAGAUGAUGGACAUCAAAAUCUGUCUGGGAAUGUAUACCUUCUUCCAGAUGACAUGCAAAUUGCAGGUCUAAGGUUUUCUAUAUAUGCCAUACUGUGUGAGGAAAUACCAAGAAACGAAGAUUUGUUUGUUGCUAUCAUCAAACUGCUUACUUCUGCAGCUAAUUACCAGCCUGCUUUUCUUGUUUCUAUAAUUGCCACCGAGGAAGAUAAAGAGGUCCGACUCAGCAAUUCCGGAGAUGUGAAAGAGCAGACCGUUGAAUCUUCUUUUGGGUCAUUGGCAUCAAAGAAGGCUAGUCCUUUAGAUGCACUUUUGCAAUAUGUGAAAAGAUCUGAGGAGCUUAUAGAGAGCCAUCCACAUUUACUGCUACAGGUGCUUAACUUCCUGAAGGCAUUAUGGCAAGGGGCUACCCAAUAUGUGGAGAUCUUGCAGUUGCUUAGAACCUCUGACAUGUUCUGGAAACUGUUGUCUUCCUCUGUUUCGCAAUUUUCUACUGCAGAAUCUUCAUCACUUGAAAAUAUUGCUGGAGCAGAAGCACUUAGCUUGGCAUACAAAUAUGAAUGUCAGUCUGCGGUACUGGAAAUUAUGUCAUAUGAGAUGUUCUUGCAGAAAAAACUACAAGAAGCUGAACUGCCUGUAAACCGCACUUCUGAACCAUCCAAGGAGAAGAGUGAAAAGACAGUUAGGAUAGAAAAAACAAAGGCCAGUAAUGUACCUGCUCUUAAGGAUAUUUUGUCAACCUGGUGUGGGAGCUCAGUUAUGAGCAACCUUAUAAAAUCAUAUGUAUCAUGUGGUUUCAACGGUGAAAUAUUUCUUCGUGCAAAGAUAGCUGCAAGUUUGUUUGCCGUGCAUGUAAUGGGGAAACUGAUAACUGGUGAUUCUGGGAGUGUGUCCAUGUCACUAACUGAGAAGAUUCGUAACUUGUCUAAAAAGAUGUGCGAUCAACCUGCAUUUUCUGAAUUGUUGGCUCAGUACUCCUUGCGUGGUUACAGUGAGGGAAAAGAAUCGACCACUUUAAUACUCAGUGAUCUUUAUUAUCAUCUGGAAGGAGAGCUUGAAGGCCGUAAGAUAAAUCCUGGACCUUUCAGAGAGCUCUCUCUAUAUCUGAUUGAGUCUAAACUUUUUCAGACUAAUGAGCAGAAAUACAAGUGGAACUUUUCACUCUCUGCCAGAGACAUUUGCUUUUUUGACCCUGAGCAGUUACGAUUAGAUAUGGGUUUGGAAAUUUGGGAUUACUCAGAAUGGAAGGCUUCUAAACCGAUUGCUGAAAAGAUGUUGCUGUGCAUGCAGGAUGCUAACUCCAUGAUAUUUCUUGCGAGGUCCAAGCUUUCUGCGUUGAAAGCCUUGACCACAAUGCUAUCUGUCUGUGAGGAAAAUUUUGCUGAGAAACCGAUUGGAGGGAUUUCUGUGCGACUUUUGGAGUCAUGUGUUUGUCAUUUAUGUCAACAUUUGCAAAGAACAAUGGAGUUCUUAGAUCCUGCUCUGGAUGCUUCUGAGGACAUCCUUUAUUUCCUUGCAACACAAGCAGAAUUACUGCUACAUCUUUUCAGAUCCUUAUUCAGAAGAAUUUCCCCAAGAGGUGACAAAUCACAAUUGUUAUCAUUCUGCACACAGGUCUUAAAAAUCUCAGGCACUGCGCUGAGAGUAUUGAUUGGUAUCAGGACAUCAGUUAGUGGGCUUAAGACAACAGCAAAACUCCUCCUUAUGUUGCUCAUCUCGUCAGUUGAGUUCAGUUACCUCAAUUCAAAUUCAGAGGAAAAGCCAGUAAUUGAAUCUGUUGAAAUCUCUACUGAGGUGUCUAUUGCAAGUCUAGGUUUGUUGCCUAUUCUCUGUAACUGCAUCGAAACUGCCGAGUAUUGUACCCUCUCUCUGGCCUCAAUUGAUCUUAUACUAAAAGGUUUUUUGGCAUCUAGUACUUGGUUGCCUGUCCUACAGAAGCAUCUCCGAUUACAAUUUCUUGUUCAGAAACUUCAAGAAAAGGAUUCUCUUGCUUCCAGUGCCAUAAUUUUAAGAUUUUUUUUAACCCUUGCCAGAGUGGAAGAAGGUGCUGAAAUGCUUCGAAGUGCCAAUUUUUUCUCAUCUCUGAAACAGUUAUUUGAUCUCUUAUUGGAUGAGAAGCCUUUAUUAGAUAUUCAAGAAGAGAACCGUCCCUCCACCUCACAUAAUAAGGAUGAGAAGUCUCAACAAAUAUGGGGGCUUGGUGUGGCUGUGAUUACAGCAAUGAUUUAUUCUUUGGGGGGAAGCUCUUCCAGUGUUGAUAUUGUAGACAGUGUUAUUCUGUACUUCUUCUCUGAGAAAAGCUUUUUGGUAGCUCACUAUCUGAAUGCGCCUGACUUUCCAUCUGAUGAUCAUGACAAGAAAAGAGCUCGGUCUCAAAAGACACACACUUCUUUGACUGCUCUAAGAGAAACAGAGCAUAUUCUGAUGCUUAUCUGUGUGCUUGCAAAACAUCGGAACUCUUGGUACAAAACCAUGAGAGAAAUGGAUUCACCACUGAGGGAGAGAUGUAUUCAUCUCUUAGCCUUUAUCAGCAAAGGAGCUCAGCGCCUUGGAGAAUCUCAAAGUCGGACAUUGCCUCUUUUAUGCCCUCCAAUCCUUAAGGAGGAGGUUGAAUAUAAUAGAAGAUCAUCAUUAAUCAACUGCAGACAUGGAUGGUUCGCUCUUUCUCCUCUUGUUUGUGCAUCUAAAACUGAGGUAUCCGUGUCAAGCACAACCCUGCCUCUUCUAAUAAAGGACAAGACAACUGCAAGCAUCCAUUCUGUUCCUUUGACAUACUUUUCUGCUACUGCUGCAAUUCAGAUGUAUAGAAUUGCAUUUCUUGUUCUGAAAUUUCUGUGCCUACAAGCUGAGGGAGCAGCUAAAAGGGCAGAGGAGGUGGGGUAUAUUGACCUUGAGCAUUUCCCUGAGCUUCCCAUGCCUGAGAUUCUACAUGGGUUACAGGAUCAGGCCAUUGGCAUUGUUACUGAACUGUGCACAUCCAACAAAUCCGAGCAGAUACAGCCUGAAAUAAAAAAUGUGUGCUUCUUGCUGUUGCAAAUAAUGGAGAAGGCCCUGUACUUGGAACUUUGUGUCUCACGGAGCUGUGGAAUCAGACCAGUACUGGGCCGUGUUGAAGAAUUUUCAAGGGUAAUCAAAAUGUUGAUGGAAGCGGUGGAAAUGCAUACAUUUUUGAAAGCAUCUCUGAAGUCCUUGAAACAAAUAACUUCGCUUGUGUAUCCUGGCUUGAUACAAGACUGAGGGCCUGCUUUGAUGCAUCCAUGUAAAUGAACUCAUGUAACCUAUUGUGAAUGUCACUUUUCAUUAAUACAACAGUUCUUUUUAACUUUUUGUAGUUUUUUUAAGAGAAAUAUUUUGAGAAAGGCUGCUGUUGAAGGUGGCUUCAACACU